CGGCCCACCCGGCCCUACAGCGACGGCCCCGGUGGCAGCGGCCAGUACACCCACAAGAUCUACCACGUGGGCUCCCACAUCCCCAGCUGGUUUCGGGCGCUGCUCCCUAAGGCUGCGCUGCAGGUGGAAGAGGAAUCCUGGAACGCCUAUCCCUACACCCGCACCAGGUACACCUGCCCCUUCGUGGAGAAGUUCUCCAUCGAGAUCGAGACGUACUACCGGCCGGACGCGGGCCAGCAGACCAACGUCUUCAACCUGAGCGCGGCUGAGAAGAGGCAGAGGAUUUUGGCCCGCGGCUCCGAGAACAGCGCUGAAGAGGAGUUUUUCGAUGCCCACGAGGACCUGUCCGACAGCGACGAGGUCUUUGCGAAGGAGAUGACGAAGUGGAGCUCCAACGACUUCUUGGACACGCUGGGGCGGCCGGCGGAGCUGGACGAGGCACUGGGGGACGGAGCCAGCACCACCAAGGCGGAUGGUGAAGGAUUGGGGGUGUCCAGCUUCCCCGAGGGCGGCUCGGUGGAGAGCGCGGCGCAGGCGUGCCGGAUCCACGCCCUCUUCCUCAUCCUCCACAGCGGCAACAUCCUCGACCAGGGAGCGGGCGAGCCGGGCUCCAAACAAGCGGAUGUGCAGACGCUGGCGGCCACCUUCGACGCCGUCACCCGCGUCCACUUCCCCGAGGCACUGGGACAUGUGGCGCUGCGCCUGGUGCCCUGCCCGCCCAUCUGCGCCGCUGCCUACGCCCUCGUCUCCAAGUAUGGAUGGCAGCGCCGUGUGCCGGGGCCGCGUACCGUGCCGCGGGGAGAGAAAGGGGUUGCACCCCUGGAAAACCACCCUAGAGCUGUGGGAGGGGACCGGGGAGGCGGUGGCCUCGGAGAGGGGAUUUUCCUUCUCCUGAGCACGGAGCCCAUCUCCCCCGAGCUGUGCGGCGGCCGGGACCCGCUGGCCGACGGGGCGGACGGAGCAGCGGGGUCGAGCCAGGCCAGCCCUGAGCCGGGGGCACAGCUGCCCUGCCGGGAGCAGGGGGACAGCCACCAUCACAGCUCCUCGUGCAGCCUGCAGGCCAGCGAGGCCCCGCUGGAGGCAGAGGCACCGCGGAGCGGCACCACAGCACUGGAUGGGGCAGAGGGCACCGGCACCCGUCUCGACUUUAAGGUAUCCGGCUUCUUCCUCUUUGGCUCCCCGCUGGGGCUGGUGCUCGCGCUGCGCAAGACCGUCAUGCCCGCUCUGGAUGUGGCCCAGCUGCGUCCCGCCUGCGAGCAGAUCUACAACCUCUUCCACGCUGCCGACCCCUGCGCCUCUCGCCUGGAGCCCCUCCUGGCCAAGGCCUUCCACGCCGUCCCGCCGCUCAGCGUGCCCCGCUACCAGAAGUACCCCCUGGGUGACGGCACCUCCUCCCUGCUGGCGGAGGCCCUGCAGAUGCACUCUGCCCUGUUCCUGCCCGAGGUGGACGUGGCUGCCCCCCCUACCCCCACCGGCAGCUUCGGAGGUUUCUGGAGGGGCAGCGAGCAGGGAGACCCCCCCACUCCCGCCAGCACCAGCGAAGUCGUCAAGAUCCUGGAGCGCUGGUGGGGCCCGAAGCGCAUCGACUACUCGCUGUACUGCCCCGACGCCCUGACCGCCUUCCCCACCAUCACCCUGCCCCACCUCUUCCACGCCAGCUACUGGGAGUCCUCCGACGUGGUGGCCUUCAUCCUGCGCCAGGUGAUGGAGAAGGAGGGGCCGCAGCCGGCGGAGAGCGAGGAGAGCUCUAUCUACAGCCCUGCGAUCCCCCGGGAGAAGUGGCAGCGCAAGCGCACCCAAGUGAAGAUCCGGAACGUGACGGCCAACCACCGGGCCAGCGACGUGAUCGUGUGCGAGGGCAAAGCGCAGGUCCUCAGCGGGCGCUUCAUGUACGGACCCCUGGACGUGGUGACGCUGACCGGGGAGAAGGUGGACAUCUACAUCAUGACGCAGCCACUGUCAGGGAAGUGGCUGUACUAUGGCACCGAGGUGACGAGCGGCAGCGGGCGCCUGACCUUCACCAUCCCUCCGGACAAGGCUCUGGCCAUCGGCAUCUACCCCGUGCGCAUGGUGGUCAGGGGGGACCACAGCUACGCCGAGGCGUACCUGACGGUGGUGGCCCGGGGCACCGAGUCGGUCGUGUUCAGCAUCGAUGGCUCCUUCACCGCCAGCGUCUCCAUCAUGGGCAGCGAUCCCAAAGUGCGGGCAGGGGCUGUCGAUGUCGUACGGCACUGGCAGGACUCGGGCUACAUGAUCAUCUACGUGACGGGGCGCCCCGACAUGCAGAAGCACCGCGUGGUGGCCUGGCUCUCCCAGCACAACUUCCCCCACGGCGCCGUCUCCUUCUGCGACGGGCUCACCCACGACCCGCUGCGCCAGAAAGCCGCCUUCCUCCAGAGCCUGCGCACCGAGGCAGAGAUCACCAUCGUCGCCGGCUACGGCUCCACCAAGGACGUCUCCGUCUACAGCUCGCUGGGGCUGGCGCCAGCGCACAUCUACAUCGUGGGCCGGGCCGUCAAGAAGUUCCACAACCAGUGCCAGUUCCUGUCAGAGGGCUACGUAGCCCACCUGGCCCAGCUGGAAGCAGUGGCCCUGGCCCACUCCCCCAAGGGACCCCCGCGUCCCGUGCUGGGCAAAGGCACCUACGGCUGCCCGGCGCCCGUCGACUUCCUACGCAAGCAGAGCCAGCUCCUGCGGUCGCGGGGCUCCAGCCAGGCAGAGCGGGACGGGGGGCCCCCGCCGGCACCCCCUGGGCUGCCCCGGGCCAAGCCCCGCAGCGUCAGCCUCAAGCUGGAGGGUGAGGAGUGA